CUGUCGCAACGCUGUGACUGUGAGAGUGGAAAAGGUAGCACCAGCAAAGCAAGCAGCAAAACCAAUCUAAUCCACUCCCCUGCCGCCGCCCGCCGUCUCCCUCCUCCUCCGCCGCCGCGGCCGCCCUCCUCUCGACUCCCCCCCACAUCCCCACAACCUCGUCCGGCUCCCCAGAUCCCGCCUCCUCCUCCGCCGCCGCGGCCGCCCUCCUGGCGCUACUGUGAUGGCCGCGCCGCCGGUCCGGAAGCUGGGCUCCGCGACGGGCGACGUCGUCCACAGUCUCUAGCCGGCUUCGCUGCAGCACCCGUCCCCCCUCUUGCCUCCCUUCGAUCUCCCUCCCUCCCCCGUCUCGUCGGUCCAGAAACCCUAGCUUUCCUCUCGCCGACGUCGGCGGCUCAGCGGGAGAGGGUGAAGGUGGGGGGAGAGCCGGCAAGGAGGAGGGCAUGGAUCGGAUCGUCGGCGGCAAGUACAAGCUGGGCCGCAAGAUCGGGAGCGGCUCCUUCGGGGAGAUCUACCUCGCCACGCACGUCGACACGUACGAGAUAGUCGCCGUCAAGAUCGAAAGCAGCAAAACAAAUCAUCCCCAGUUGCUUUAUGAGGCCAAGCUGUAUAAUGCUCUUCAGGGAGGAACUGGCAUUGCAAACAUAAAAUGGUGUGGCAUUGAUGGUGAGGACAACGUGCUUGUUAUUGAUUUACUGGGGCCAAGCCUUGAGGAUCUAUUUGUUUACUGUGGUAGAAGAUUCUCACUAAAGACGGUCUUGAUGUUGGCGGAUCAGAUGAUAACAAGAGUAGAGUUCAUGCAUUCCAAGGGGUAUUUGCACAGGGAUAUCAAGCCUGAUAACUUUCUCAUGGGCCUUGGUCGUAAAGCUAACCAGGUUUAUAUUAUUGACUUUGGCCUUGCAAAGAGGUACCGUGAUGCCACUACGAAUCGCCAUAUACCUUAUAGGGAAAAUAAAAACUUAACUGGCACAGCUCGAUAUGCAAGUUGCAACACUCAUCUUGGCAUUGAGCAAAGCCGAAGAGAUGAUUUGGAAUCCAUUGGAUAUGUUCUUCUGUAUUUUCUCAGGGGAAGUCUUCCUUGGCAGGGUUUAAAAGCUGCCACAAAGAAGCAGAAAUAUGAUAAAAUAAGUGAAAAAAAGCUUGCAACACCCAUUGAGCUUUUAUGUAAAUCCCAUCCUGUCGAAUUUGCUUCUUAUUUUAAUUAUUGCCAUUCAUUGACAUUUGAUCAACGGCCGGAUUAUGGUUUUUUGAGAAGGCUCUUUAGAGAUUUGUCUGACCGUGAAGGUUAUCAGUAUGACCAUGUUUUUGACUGGACAUUGUUGAAGUGCAAACAAUCCCAAAAAGCAAAGACUCAACAACAAGAUCCAGGUGUAAGUAGCCGUGCAGUUCCAAUGAAUAUCGAGAAGCACCAAGUUAGUGUUUCACGCCCAACAGAAGCUUCUGGUCAGCUUGAAGCAGAGCAACGCCCAGCAAUUAGAUUGCAAUUCAGAUCUACUGCUGAGAACAAUCGAUCAAGUAAUCGGCAUACUGAUAAAUUGAUAGUUGGUACUAGCACUGAUAAUGUCUUGCUGCAAUCCACAUCAUUUGGCCAUGCUGAUGCUCCAAGGAAGAAUAUAACAGUCUCAAAAACUCAGGGGCUCGUUGAUUCCACUGCUCACAGGGCUAACAAUCCAGGGCCUUCUAAUCACCUUUAGCAUCUGGAUCAGUUCUUGAGAGCAUACUUGUCCAUGCAGACCACCAUUGGUGAGCCCGCACCUUCCGUGUAGAUGUUAUGGGCAAUCGUGUGGAUUGGGUCACUGUAUAUGACAUUGGGAGAGAAUCUGGAGCAAAGCUGUAUGCCCUCAAUGUUUUGGUGCAUGAAGCCGUUGCUGAAAAUUGUGCUCAGGCUUUUAAGGGGCCCUCUGUAUUGAUUGAGGUGAUUACUACCUAACAGAAACAAUGGUUAGGUGUGCUGUUACUGUUCAGCAUCUUUUAGCGUGCAGUUGUCAAGAAGUUUGCUUUUCCAUAUUAUGUGGAUAAUAUAUGGAAGCUUAGGAAUGUCAGUACCCUCCUUUGUGUUCUACAUGUGUGAAUGCAUUGUAACGUUUUGCCUGGGCUCAUUGAUUCAGGGUUCUUUGCCAAUUAAAAUUUUAACGAUGCUAUAUUGAUUGCUUAAAGAGAUCUUGGAGGCUAAUUGGGACAGCUUUAGCCUUAAUUAGGGAUCAGCGCAGACGCGAUAUGGAUCUUCGACUCAUUAUCUAAUUGUGGGAUCUCCAUCUGACUCAUCAGUAAUGCCAGUUUGCUGCUCACAAUCUGCCAACCAAAAAAUGAGAUAUUAUUCAACUUGGAUGGGCUCUAGCCUCUAAUGAGUUUGGCGUCAUAUCCCACCUAUGAAAGAUCAUGAGGAGCUUUUGGAAGGAUAUGAUUUGGUUAACAUGGCACACUUCAUGUUAACUAGAGUUGUUAUAGCAAUAUAUGUAAGGAAAUGGCUGCUUCGUGUGAAAAAUGGCAGAGCAAAAUCAUGCCCAUUUAGACUAUGAAGUGCAAUUCUACUGUGAUUAUGAUACAGAACGCCCACUCAAUCCAUAGGGGCAAGAAGCCUGGAAGUUUUUGUUCACACAGGUAAAUUGGCUAUCAGUUGUGCCAUGUUAUACUGUUGGCACUUGGGGGGUGGGGCAACUUAGCCUGGCUGGCGUGUGUUGUGCUAGUUGAAUUUUACUUUCUUUGUGAUGUGUAAUGGAAGAGGUCUCAUGUCAUAAUUUGUAUAGAAUCAAUAUUUUAUUGUAAGAAUAUAAAUCCAAAUAAGAGCAGGUUUCCCCCUGGAGCUCCACAUUUAGCUAAAUGGAAUGGAAUCGAUUGCUUA